UGGGGUGGGCGUGUCUAAAGGCAAAGGGCGGGGCGCGCGCGUCGGGAAGAUGGCGCUACGUCUGCUGCGGAGGGCGGCGCGCGGAGCUGCGGCGGCGGUGCUGCUGAGGCUGAAAGCGUCUCUAGCAGCUGAUAUCCCCAGACUUGGAUAUAGUUCCUCAUCUAAUCACAAGUACAUCCCCCGGAGGGCAGUGCUUUAUGUACCUGGAAAUGAUGAAAAGAAAAUAAAGAAGAUUCCGUCCCUGAAUGUAGAUUGUGCAGUGCUCGACUGUGAGGAUGGAGUGGCUGCAAACAAAAAGAAUGAAGCUCGACUGAAAAUUGUAAAAACUCUUGAAGACUUUGAUUUGGGUCCUACUGAAAAAUGUGUGAGAGUCAACUCAGUGUCCAGUGGUCUGGUGGAAGAAGACCUAGAGACCCUUUUGCAAUCCCGGGUCCUUCCUUCCAGCCUGAUGCUACCAAAGGUGGAAAGUCCUGAAGAAAUCCAGUGGUUUGCAGACAAAUUUUCAUUCCACUUAAAAAGCCGAAAACUUGAACAACCAAUGAAUUUAAUCCCUUUUGUGGAAACUGCAAUGGGUUUGCUCAAUUUUAAGGCAGUGUGUGAAGAAACCCUAAAGGUCGGGCCUCAAGUAGGUCUCUUUCUAGAUGCAGUCGUUUUUGGAGGAGAAGACUUUCGAGCCAGCAUAGGUGCAACAAGCAGUAAAGAAACCCUGGAUAUUCUCUAUGCCCGGCAAAAGAUUGUUGUCAUAGCGAAAGCCUUUGGUCUCCAAGCCAUAGAUCUGGUGUACAUUGACUUUCAAGAUGGAGCUGGGCUUCUUAGACAGUCACGAGAAGGAGCCGCCAUGGGCUUCACUGGUAAGCAGGUGAUUCACCCUAACCAAAUUGCCGUGGUCCAGGAGCAGUUUUCUCCUUCCCCUGAAAAAAUUAAGUGGGCUGAAGAACUGAUUGCUGCCUUUAAAGAACAUCAACAAUUAGGAAAGGGAGCCUUUACUUUCCAAGGGAGUAUGAUCGACAUGCCAUUACUGAAGCAGGCCCAGAACACUGUGACGCUUGCCACCUCCAUCAAGGAAAAAUGAUCUGUUAAAUGAAGCUCUCAUCAGGUGGGCUGAGGCAUAUACAGUGGGUUUCUUAAAGACAAACCACAAUACUCAAAGCAACUUGUUAGGAUGCCAGAUUGGGACCUGACUCCAUUUACAGUUCAUGUUAAUCACCAUUUUGUUGUUGUUGUCUUACUGGCCAGUUGUUCCCCUAAAAAAAUGAACGUUUUUCCUUUUGGAUCCAAGCUUACAAUUUUAUUGUUUUUAGUGUAUUACAUAUAUGGGCUUAUGAUUUCACAGGGAGGUAAGAUCCUGGGGAAAGAUGGGCUGUGAGGGGAAGGUAGGUCUUUAAUGAAACGUAUCUUUCCCAAAUAGACAUAUUCCCUCCACCCUUCUCAUGUUAGUAAAUGUUUCCUGCUUGUUCAUUUAUACAGCUGACACCACAAAUAAUUUUAAGAAAAGCCAGGCCUUUAAAACAUAGUAACAACAUUAAGGGGUCAUCUCUAUUUCACUAGUAAUCUGAGAAAACAACAGAGAUGGCAUCAAAAAAGGAUACUAAGUAUUAUAUUGGCUUAAAAAGACACUUUCUAAAAAUAAACUUUCAAAACUGGUUACUAUUAACCUCCACCCCUAAAACGAAACAUCCACCUCCUUGAACCGCUAGAUGAUGAACACGAAAGCUGUCAUCCUGGGUGAAUGCUGUGGGUCAACCGUUACCGGCAAUUAAAAAAUAAAUGUGCAGAAACACAAGACCAUCCAUUCUCCCCCUUUAUUUUCUCGUUUAACUGUUUGCCAUUGAGGCCAUUUCCCCCUGGAAAUGUAUGGCCGGGACAGGACUCCCUCAGUCAUAAACUUGUAGCGUCUCAGAAGACACAAUGCACCGGGCUGGUGCAUGUGGCCCCUGCGAGAUUUGCAUCACAUUAGAGAUGCGGCUGCAGGUCAGAUGGGUGGUGUGGUUAACGGGCUUAGUAAAGCUGUUUUGAAGAGGUUAACCCAGCUUGUAGUAAGGGUAAAUAAACAUAACAACCAGCCAUUGUUCCCUAUUCAGCAUGUACUCUUAUAUUGAAGGCUAAAGGGUAUUGAAGCUGCAGAGGGAUCAACUUGUGCUUGCCAGAGGACGCCAAUGAAGUUUGAAACACCAACAAUCAGAGAUUUUGUUUCUGUUCCUCAUUAAAUCAUGAGCUUUUGUGCCGAGA